GCGCUCCGUCCUGGCCGUAACUCCUGCGCGCAAAUAGCAGUUUAUUACAGCAAACUACAUAUACAAGCCUAUCUAAGAAGAAAUAGUUUCAUUAUUAGUUAUCUGUCCCGAGGGGCUGUUCUCCCCUGUACUCUCUCUCCUGUUUGAAUGAUUCUUUACCCACUGUGCAGAGUGCUGUGCAGAAGGCGGGUCAGAGCGUCAGUGUGGGAGAAAUUCAGGGGCCCAUCAUCAGUUGCGCUGAGUGAGCCGAGCUGAGAGAUGCGCGUUCACUGAGCCGGGGGAAGGAGGACCGCUGCCUUUCCUCCACCGCGCCUCACUUAUAAUAACCUCCUCAUCACCAGCAUCAGCAUCACGCAGCCCCGGGCACACUAUCAUUUAAAAUACUGCGCUUUCUGAAUGGAAUUUAGCUCUGGAUUGUUCUAAUUUGCUCCAUUUAUUUAUUGGUUUUAUCCGUCCGGAGUCGUCUCUCUGCGCGAAAAGUUCUGUCAAAGGUGUGUCUGGAGCUGGAGGUUAAACCAUGGGGCACGGAGCCGGACCAACGAUGAAGGUUAUGUGCUUCAAUCCAGGAAGUCGCCUCAAAGAAAAAUCACAAGAUGCAGCUCUGAUUCACUGACAAAACACACUAAGGAUCACCUUCAUCUCACCACUUUCACCUGUCCACUUUGUGUGGAAACUGGAUAUUUUUCCAUAUAUCUCUGCAUAGACUUGGCUGAGAAGAUUAGAUUCCAUCCAUUAUCAACAUUAGAUCUGCCUCUAAAAAAAAAAAAAAACGGAUAUUGCAUUCUCCGCUUGACUGUAAAAUUAUCUAUGUGGAAUAUAACGUUCAGCAGAUAAAUCCUGGACCACAUCCAGAAUCAGAUGUUCUUAUCACUUUGAGGAUCUAUCCCCAGUUCUAACCUUCGUCUGGUACAUCCUGUUACUCUCUACGAUGAAUCCCAACAGCCUACCUGGUCAUGUCCUCUUGCUGCUAAGUACUGUGCUGGGCCUGAGCGUAGGCUUGGAGUUUACUGGCGCUGAAGGUCAGUGGGCUCGCUACCUGCGCUGGGACGCCAGCUCCAGAAGUGACCUGACAUUUCAGUUCAAGACUUCAGAAUCUGAAGGCCUGCUGCUCUACUUUGAUGACGCCGGCUUUUGCGACUUUCUGCUUCUCACUGUAUCCGAGGGUAAGCUGCAGCUUCGCGUCAGCAUCGACUGCGCCGAGACCACAAUCACCUCUGAUAAGAUGGUCAAUGACAGCCGCUGGCACUUUGCCGCCAUCAACAGGCACAAUUUGCGGACUGGCUUGGCCGUGGACGGCCAGACCAAGACAGAAGACGUGCGACCCCAGAGACGGUUCAUGAAGAUUGUUAGUGACCUCUUCCUCGGAGGGCUCCCGGGGGACAUCCGCACAUCUGCCAUCACCCUGCCCUCUGUCCGUGAGGUACCACCGUUCAAGGGAAUUAUCACAGACCUCAGUUAUGGGAGUAAGCUGCCCACGCUCAUCAACAGUCAGAAAGUACGCUUGGAGAUGAUGGGCCUAUGUACAGAGAACCCCUGUGAGAAUGGCGGAAUCUGCUCUCUGGCAGAUGGAGAAACCUACUGUGACUGCUCCAAAACUGGAUAUGUAGGUCGAUACUGCACUGAAGCAGUCCAGAGAAAACCAGGCCUCGCACACCUGAAGGCAGAGCAAGCGAGGGAGGAGAAUGUGGCCACCUUCCGUGGCUCGGAGUACUUCUGCUAUGACCUGUCACAGAACCCCAUCCAGAGCAGCAGCGAUGAGAUCACACUGUCCUUCAAGACCUGGCAACGCAACGGCCUCCUCCUCCACACGGGGAAAUCCGCAGACUAUGUCAACCUGGCGCUAAAAGAUGGGGCCGUCUCCCUGGUCAUCAAUCUGGGCUCCGGGGCCUUUGAGGCCAUCGUGGAGCCGGUCAAUGGAAAAUUCAAUGACAACGCCUGGCACGACAUCAAAGUGACACGCAACCUGAGACAGCAAUCAGGCAUUGGACACGCUAUGGUGACUAUCUCCGUUGAUGGGAUCCUCACCACCACUGGCUACACCCAGGAAGACUACACCAUGCUGGGCUCUGAUGAUUUCUUCUACGUGGGUGGGAGCCCCAGCACUGCUGACCUGCCCGGAUCUCCAGUUAGCAACAAUUUCAUGGGCUGCCUCAGAGAGGUGGUGUACAAGAACAACGACAUCCGUCUGGAGCUGUCCCGCCUCGCCCGCAUCGUGGACCCCAAGAUGAAACUCCAGGGCGAUGUGGUCUUCAAGUGCGAAAACGUCCCCACCCUCGACCCCAUCAACUUCGAGACGCCCGACUCCUAUCUGGCCUUGCCGAAGUGGAACACCAAGCGCGUGGGCUCCAUCUCCUUCGACUUCCGCACCUCCGAACCCAACGGGCUGAUACUCUUCACCCACGGGAAGCCCCAGGACAGACGGGACGCAAAGGGCCAGAAGAACAACAAGGUGGACUUCUUUGCGGUGGAGCUGCUGGAUGGAGGGCUGUACCUGCUGCUGGACAUGGGCUCCGGCACCAUCAAGGUGAAGGCCACACAGGCAAAGGUUAAUGAUGGCGCCUGGCACCAUGUGGACAUCCAGAGGGACGGUCGCUCAGGCAUCAUCUCGGUAAACAGCCGCCGGACCCCUUUCACAGCCAGCGGGGAAAAUGAAAUCCUGGACCUGGAGGGGGACCUUUAUCUGGGUGGCCUGCCUGACAGCCGGGUGGGCCUGGUGCUCCCCACCGAGCUCUGGACCGCUAUGCUCAACUACGGCUAUGUUGGCUGCGUCCGGGAUCUGUUCAUCGACGGUCGCAGCAAGGACAUCCGGCAGAUAGCUCAGUCCCAGAAUGUGACCGGUAUCAAGUCCUCGUGCAGCAAGGUGACGGGGAAACAGUGCGACAGCAGCCCCUGCAAGAACAACGGAGUAUGUAAGGAAGGAUGGAACCGCUUCAUCUGUGACUGUACAGGAACUGGCUUCUGGGAUAGUACCUGUGAGAGAGAGUCAUCGAUCCUGUCGUAUGAUGGCAGCAUGUACAUGAAAGUCGUGAUACCCAACGUGAUGCACACCGAGGCCGAGGACGUCUCACUCCGCUUCAUGUCCCAGCGGGCGUUCGGCCUGCUCAUGGCCGCCACAUCCCGCGAGUCGGCGGACACGCUGAGGCUGGAGCUGGACAGCGGGCGGGUCAAACUGACGGUCAACCUAGACUGUGUCAGGAUAAACUGUAACACCAGCAAGGGCCCUGAGGUUCUUUAUGCCGGACAAAAGCUCAACGACAAUGAGUGGCACUCAGUACGAGUGGUCCGCCGCGGUAAAAACUUCAAACUCACUGUGGAUGACGACAUGGCUGAAGGUCAGAUGGCGGGCGACCACACCCGUCUGGAGUUCAACAACGUGGAGACGGGCAUCUUGACUGAGAGACGUUUUGUCUCGUCUGCUCCCUCCUCCUUCAUCGGGCAUCUUCAGAGCCUCAAGUUCAACGGUAUGCAGUACAUCGACAUGUGCAAGAACGGGGACAUCGACUUCUGCGAGCUGAACGCCCGCUUCGGCAUGCGCUUCAUCAUCGCCGACCCUGUGACCUUCAAGACCAAGGGCAGCUACCUGGGCUUGGCCACUCUGCAGGCGUACACCACAAUGCACCUCUUCUUUCAGUUCAAAACCACCUCGCCUGACGGUUUCAUCAUCUUCAACAGCGGAGACGGGAACGACUUUAUUGCCGUGGAGCUGGUCAAAGGGUUUAUCCACUAUGUGUUCGACCUGGGGAACGGGCCGAGUCUGUUGAAGGGGAACAGUGACAACCCGCUGAACGAUAACCAGUGGCAUAAUGUGGUCAUCACGAGGGACGCGUCCAACACGCACACGCUGAAGGUGGACUCAAAGUCAGUCACACAGAAUGUCAACGGAGCCAAGAACCUCGACCUCAAAGGUGACCUGUUUGUCGGAGGUCUGGGACCCAACAUGUACCAGAACCUCCCGAAGCUGGUGGUUUCUCGGGAAGGCUUCCAGGGCUGCUUGGCCUCAGUUGAUCUCAACGGCCGCCUGCCAGAUCUCAUCAACGACGCCCUUUUCCGCAGCGGGCAGAUUGAGCGUGGCUGUGAAGUUGGUUUCACCAAAGCCGACCUGCAAGGCCCAAGUACAACCUGCCAGGAGGACUCGUGUGCCAACAUGGGUGUGUGUAUCCAGCAGUGGGAGAACUUCACCUGUGACUGCUCGAUGACGUCUUACUCUGGGACUCACUGCAAUGACCCUGGCACCACCUACAUCUUUGGGAAAGGAGGCGGUCUGAUCACGUACACAUGGCCCAAUAACGAGAGGCCGAGCACACGGACGGACAGGCUGGCGGUGGGCUUUAGCACUACCAUCAAAGACGGCAUCCUCGUCCGCAUCGACAGCGCCCCACGUCUUGGUGACUACAUCAUGCUCCACAUCGAACAAGGCAAAGUAGGUGUGACAUUCAACAUUGGGACAGUGGACAUCAGUGUGAAGGAGACAACCACAGCUGUAAACGAUGGCAAAUACCAUUUGGUCCGAUUCACCAGGAACGGGGGUAAUGCAACCUUGCAGGUGGACAACUGGCCAGUCAAUGAGCACUUCCCUACAGGCAACAGCGACAUUGAGCGCUAUCAAAUGGCAAAUAAGAAAAUCCCGUUCAAAUAUACCCGGCCAGUAGAAGAUUGGCUUCAGGAGAAAGGCCGGCAGCUGACAAUCUUCAACACCCAGGCCACUAUCUCCAUCGGCGGAAAUGACCGGAAGCGGCCCUACCAGGGCCAGCUCUCCGGCCUCUACUACAACGGCCUCAAAGUCCUCAACAUGGCCGCAGAGGGCCAUGCCAACAUCAAGGUGAAUGGUAGCGUGCGGCUGGUGGGUGACGUGCCGGUCAGCAGGGGCGCGGCACGCACCACCACCUCAGUGCCGCCGGAGAUGUCCACCACCUUCAUCGAGACCACCACCACGCUCUCCACGACGACCACCCGCAAACAGCGCUCACCACCCACUAUUCAGACGACAGAUGACAUUGUUUCAUCGGCGGAGUGCUCCAGCGACGACGAGGACCUGGAGGAGUGCGACUCGGGACAUGCAGGAGGGGAGCUAGUCAUCCCCGUGCUAGUCGAGGACCCCAUAGACAUCCCUUCUGUAUCCACCCGUUCUCCCUUCAUCCCCCUCCCCCCAACCCUCCACCCCGUCCUCACCAUUAUUGAGACCACCAAAGAAUCCUUGGCCAUGGCCACUGAGGCGGGGGUACCUUGCUUGUCGGACCGAGGCAGCGAUGAUUGUGAUGAUGGUGAUGGUGGUGAUGAUGGUGAUGAUGAUGAUGAUGAUGGCAUGGUGAUUUCGGGGUUUGGCUCUGGCGAAGCUUUCGACUCUAGCCUGCCCCCGACUGACGAUGAAGAUUUUUACACCACCUUCUCCCUGGUAACAGAUAAGAUCUUGACCACAUCGGCUUAUGAAGGCGGCUACAAAGCCCUCGCGCCCAAGUGGGAGGCCAAGGACUUGAGGCCUAGCAAAGCCUCUGAGGCAGGUAGGACUACACCCACCUCGCCUCUGCCCGACCUCCGGGGCACGCCGCCGCCGGCGGUCCCCUCGGACACGCCACCCAAGCUGCCCGCCGGGAAAAUGAACAACCGCGAGGUAAAACCCCCGCAGCCGGACAUAGUCCUGCUGCCCCUGCCCACGUCCUUCGAUCUGGACGGCACCAAGCCACGGGGCCCCUUCAUCACCUCGCCCAUGCUGCGCACGGUGCCUGCCGCCUUGCCCACUGUGCCCGGCGUGGUGCGGCGGGUGCCCCCGGGGGCCUCAGAGGUGAUCCGGGAAUCCAGCAGUACCACGGGCAUGGUGGUGGGCAUUGUCUCAGCCGCCGCCCUCUGCAUCCUCAUCCUCCUCUACGCCAUGUACAAGUACAGGAACAGGGACGAGGGUUCCUACCAGGUGGACGAGACGCGCAACUACAUCAGCAACUCGGCGCAAACCAAUGGCGCUGUGGUGAAGGAUAAAGCACCCAGCGGCACCGCCAAAGGCAGCGCCAGUAGCAAGAGACCGAAAGACAAGGACAAGGAAUAUUAUGUAUAGAAAUCAAAAGUCAUUUCCCAACACAUAGAAAAAUAAACUGUUUGGAACACAGUUAUAAACACUUUGACAGUACCAUAUUGGCAACUGUGAUUUAAAAAGGAUAAAAUCUCCUGAGAACUCACGACUUACUGAGUCACUGAAACAUUUACAAAAGAACUUUGGCUUAUGGAAGCACACUUACUAUUGUAAGCAUUACAGAGAGACAAUGCAGUACAACUUCACCGGGACUCAACGUGGAUCUUUUUAAGGAGUCCCUGCUGGAGACAUUUGGCAGUGUGAAUAACAUCACUCUCUAACAUCCACACGACCCCAAGUGACUGUAGAGAGGUGUGUGAUCCUUGGAGCUCUAACGACCUUGUCCAUUGUAACCCUGUAAAAUACGAUCACUGUCAUUUCGGCCAUUCUGAGCAUGCAUGUGAGGUGUAUGUGACGUGGUGCUGGCAUCUGUGUAAGUGAGGGACCUCAAGAAACUAUGAUUGUCGGGAAAGUUGGAAGUCAAAACAUGAUUUCGCAUUACAAACGGUUUCAUUAAAUGUAGCUUUCAUGGAUGCGAUAUGAGCUAAAGUAUACGUGUACUUAAAGCUGUCUUUUUAUUUCGACUUUUUGUUUUUUGUUUUGUUUUUUAUUUAUUCAUUUAGUAAUUUAUUUAUUGAAUUUAGGUCCUUUUUUGAAGGAUGAUGUCCAGUCAGGGUUGACUAGGCAGUGCUCAGUAACCGCUCAGCAGGAUGUGAUACAGUCAUGUAUCUCAAUAUUUCUCUGUCCCUCCCUCACGUCUCAGCUAAGGAUUGGACUGCUAUGCAUGGCAACCAAAUUCUCGAUGGUGUUCAAGCGUGUAAGAGUGGAUCCACCAGGCAAAAUGCACAAUACAUUGUUAUUUCUCUGAAUUUUAAAUCUCUGAUGGCAUUUUUCUUUUCUUUCAUUUAUUUGUCCUCUUUUCUAUACAUUUCCUGAGAUGCUGUGGCAAAAUGCAUUAUCAUAAAUUGUGUCCGGUGGAGAUUUAACUGUUGCAAUCUUUAAAAAAAGAAAAAAUAUCCAGGCUGAAGACCAGUGUGAACAAGUGUGAUUCUAUCUGUUGUCACAGACGACUGUGUCAAAAACAGCAAAUAUGUUUACAUAUUUUAUUACAUCAUAGCAGUUGUGCUUUGCAGGUCAAUAUUGUACAGAAAAUUCAAGUUUCUGAUGAUUUUUUUUAAACCCUCUUCUUGUAUAGACCGACCAUUUGGUUUGAUUUUACUGCUGUAGCAACGCGACAGAGAAAUAAUUUUUAUUCUUUUUGCCAGGACCGCCUGGAGAUUUAAAAAAACAAAACAACAACAAAAAAAAGAUGUGCACAGGAACAUUUGUUUAGGCGGGGAGCAAAUGUUGUUAGAUUAGACGUCUAGUCUCUCUGGAUGGUGUUUCUCUUCAGUCGCAUGAAUAUUUGACCAUGGGAAGCUGUCAAUCAAAUAGAAAACACCUCCCUCAGAUCUUGUAUUAGGGACUCCUCCUUAUUCUGAAAUUACUUUCAUCAUGUUAUUUAUUUUUUUAUUGGAAAUUUAAAAAACAGAACAAGAGAAUAAAGACAGAUUAUGAUGGAUUUUGGAGAUCUAUUGCUAGCACCUUACUGACUUACAGGUGUUUUUGGUUUAUUUUAUUUUAUUUUUUUGUUUUGUUUCUCUUCCUUUAUUUAUUUAUUUUUUUAACUGACGUCAAUGUUCUCGUCUGCUCAACUCGUUAUUUUGCUUUUUUUUCUGUUUACUGUGUAGCCUAAUUUCGUGUCUCAUUUUUAUGACAUCCUCCUCCGACAAUAUGUUGUUUUUUAUGUCAUUAUUUAUUGCUGAAGUUAUUUGUUCUCAUUUUCAUGCAGAAUCAGUCAGUGUGUAUGUUCACUUUGAUUUUUUGUGUUGGUACUUGGCUUUUUCGACCAGUUAAUUAUUAUUGUCUUAUGCUCCUUUGACUCCAAACAAUUCCCAGAAAUAAAAAGAAAUGUUGUUCCCAAA